UAUAGAACUGUUGGAAAUAUCCGCUGUCUAUCCGCUGUUUAUCUGAACGCUUUUUGGUAUGGAUGGUGGAUGGCAAAGUUAUUUUACGCUCACUGGGCAGAAUGCGACCGCAAACUCGACCGUUUCGUACUCUAUGGCCACGCCUGUGAAUUCCCCGCUGUUGCCAGAGGAAGAGAUCGUUACUGAGUCUAGCCACGAAGCGGUGGUAAACAGGUGAUUCCCCUAGAAAAGAGUAGCCGUAUUUCCGAAUGUUGUCACGGUUAUCACAACCAGUUUCAUCGAGGAAUACAAGCCAAUCGACAGGAUACUGAACACCUUAUGGUGUACCGAAGAAUGUGGAGAAUGCCACUGGCUGAUU